UUUUUCAGAGACUUUCAUCCGGCAGUCGACGGGGUUUUUUUUCUUAAAGGAGAAGCGACAACUCAAAAAAUUUCCCCCUUCUUCCCGCAAGACCUGGCGGCGCUGGGGACAGAAAGGCCACAGACAGGAAAGUGGGAUCGGGGUGGAGGCAGAAGAACGCCAAGGCUACUUCCGCGGCUUAAGGAAGAAGGAUAGAAAGAGCCCUGUGGCAUUAGCGGCUCCUUAGGGAGGCAGGUGCGCGCGCAACCAGUCCAGGGUGCGCGCGAGGCGGGGAAAAAAGGUGCGUUUUCCUCCCACCAAUCUCCUCGCGGGACCUGCUCCUCCCACUGCUCCUAGCGCGCAUUGAGCUCGUGGCGCGGGGGGUGGGGGGUGGAGGAAGGUCACUUUAGGAUUGUCGCGAGACGCAGCCGUUUAACGGUGAGAACGGGUGCGCGGGGAAGGAAACCUCGCGCGCUCCCUUAGAGCCGUUUCCUGAUUGGUUGAAGUAAGGGGUGGGGGAGGGAAUCCAGGACGUCGCUGCGUGAGAGACCACGAGGGGCAGGGCGAAGAAGCCGUCCCUCCUCUCUGAUUGGUCCGCUGAACGUCUGUGGCGGGCGCGCGCGCGCCGCCAGCCGUCGCGGGCCUUGAGUGGCAGGGGGCGGGGGGGGUGCCCUCGGAGCCGGGCAGAGGGGAGGGGGGGAAAGAGGAGCGCAGAGUGAGAUUGAGCCGGACGCUCCGGGAGGCGAAGGGGGCGGGGGGAGCAGCGCCGCGGCCGCCGCCGCCUCCGCCUCCGCCGCCUGGGACGAGGGGGUGGGGGACGGACGAGCCCCGAUGCCGGGGGAGACGGAAGAGCCGAGACCCCCGGAGCAGCAGGACCAGGAAGGGGGAGAGGCGGCGGCGGCCAAGGCGGCUCCAGAAGAGCCCCAACAACAGCCCCCUGAGGCGGCGGCGGCGGCGGCGCCUGCGGGGACCACUAGCAGCCGCGUGCUGAGGGGAGGUCGGGACCGGGGCCGGGCCGCUGCGGCCGCUGCGGCCGCCGCCGCCGCCGCUGUGUCUCGCCGGAGGAAGGCCGAGUAUCCCCGCCGGCGGAGGAGCAGCCCCAGCGCCAGGCCUCCCGACGCCCCAGGGCAGCAGUCCCAGGCCGCGAAGCCCCCGUCUCCAGCUCAGGGCAAGAAGAGUCCGCGACUCCUAUGUGUAGACAAAGUGACAACUGACAAAGAUCCUAAGGAAGAGAAAGAGGAAGAAGAUGAUUCUACCCUCCCUCAGCAAGUUUCCAUUGCUGCAACUAGGUCUAGCCGGGGCUGGCGCAGCAGUACCAGGACGUCUGUUUCUAGGCAUCAUGACACAGAGAACACCCGAAGUUCUAGGUCGAAGACUGGUUCCUUGCAGCUCAUCUGCAAGUCAGAACCAAAUACAGAUCAGCUUGAUUAUGACGGGGCAGAAGAACAUCAGUCUCCAGGUGGCAUUAGUAGUGAUGAGGAGGAGGAAGAGGAAGAAGAGAUGUUAAUCAGUGAAGAGGAAAUACCAUUCAAAGAUGACCCAAGAGACGAGACCUACAAACCCCACUUAGAGAGGGAAACCCCAAAACCACGGAGAAAAUCAGGGAAGGUGAAAGAAGAGAAGGAGAAGAAAGAAAUUAAAGUGGAAGUAGAGGUAGAGGUGAAAGAAGAAGAGAAUGAAAUUAGGGAGGAUGAGGAACCUCCUAGGAAGAGAGGAAGAAGGCGAAAAGAUGACAAAAGUCCACGAUUACCCAAAAGGAGAAAAAAGCCUCCAAUCCAGUAUGUCCGUUGUGAGAUGGAAGGAUGUGGAACGGUUCUUGCUCACCCUCGCUAUUUGCAGCACCACAUUAAGUAUCAGCAUUUGCUGAAGAAGAAAUACGUAUGUCCUCAUCCCUCCUGUGGGCGACUCUUCAGGCUCCAGAAGCAACUUCUACGACAUGCCAAACAUCAUACAGAUCAAAGGGAUUAUAUCUGUGAAUAUUGUGCUAGGGCCUUCAAGAGUUCUCACAAUCUGGCAGUGCACCGGAUGAUUCACACUGGCGAGAAGCCAUUACAAUGCGAGAUCUGUGGAUUUACGUGUCGGCAGAAGGCAUCCCUUAAUUGGCACAUGAAGAAGCAUGAUGCAGAUUCCUUCUACCAGUUCUCUUGCAAUAUCUGUGGCAAAAAAUUUGAGAAGAAGGACAGCGUAGUGGCACACAAAGCAAAAAGCCACCCUGAGGUGCUGAUUGCCGAAGCUCUGGCUGCCAAUGCAGGCGCCCUCAUCACCAGCACAGAUAUCUUGGGCACUAACCCAGAGUCCCUGACACAACCUGCAGAUGGGCAGGGUCUUCCUCUUCUUCCUGAGCCAUUGGGAAACUCCACCUCUGGAGAGUGCCUCCUGCUAGAAGCUGAAGGGAUGUCAAAGUCAUACUGUAGUGGGACAGAACGGGUGAGCCUGAUGGCUGAUGGGAAGAUCUUUGUGGGAAGUGGCAGCAGUGGGGGCACUGAAGGGCUGGUCAUGAACUCGGAUAUACUCGGUGCUACCACAGAGGUUCUGAUUGAAGAUUCAGACUCUACUGGACCUUAGUGGAAGGGAAGACUUUGGGCACUGGGACAGCUCAGACUUUGUAUUUAAAAGAUAAAAAGGACAAAAAAAAUUUAAAGCAUUUAAAAUCUAGUAAAAUAACUGAAGGGCCUGCUCUUUCCAUUGUGGAUCACAGCACACACACCUACACCCACCCUCUUCUCCCUCUAUUGUCCCCUUUAUAAAAUUGAUGUUGCCUUUACCAAAAAGGUAGGCAAAAAAGAAGCUCUUAAAGUGGGAGUUAUCCUCCUACUCAGUUCCAGCCAGGCAGACUUCCUGCUCACUGGCAGAUCCCUUCUUAAACCUGUAACUUUGAUGUGCUCUGGAUCAGCUUUUAACUCUUGAUAGUAUAUUACUGUCCUCUAAACCCCUUCUCCUUCACUGCUGCCCUAUGGUUCUGGCUUCUACCCACUGCAGCACACUUAUCCCCAAAGUAUCAUACAGUUCUAAUCUCUGGAGGCUGGCAGCUUGACUUGGCACUUUAGGCCCCUUAGCAGGGUGAGCUGUUAAAACAGCACACCUCUCUCACUCAAGCCCAUUUCCUCCAUUCCCCGCUGGGUUUUGGAAAGGAAGGAUUCACGGGGACCACCUCCCUCCUCUGUGACCCCAGCACUUCAGUCCCCUUCCAACACCUCCAUCUGGUUCUCAGUGGUGCUCACUAGCUUGGAAGCAGGCUCCCAAUUGGGGGGAGGGGGGGCUGCCCUCUUCAUGGUUUCUCUGAUCAUAAGGCAGGGCUCUGUAUCAGUGAGAAAAGUCCCAGACUAAUGGCAGAAAUUUGCACUUUGAACAUGUGUGUUUUUGUGUUGUGGAACCUGAGAUUCCUUAUUUAUUAACAGAAAGUCUGAUUUUUUUUGGGGGGGGGGUCUUCGUUGCUAUAUUUUGUGGGGCUGGGAGAGAUUAGGUUAUUCUGACAUGGGGUCCUUUCCAUAAGAGGUACUUUUGAAGGCAAGAUAUAGGGUUGAAGAAGCACAGCCAGCCUCUAAAAUCAUAGCUCUCCAGUGGCCUUUAAAGAAAGCUGGUCCUCAGCACUAACAAAAUCACUACAGUAGCCUAGUGCUUUUUCGGAAGCCUUUUUAGGGAAGGAUGUUAGGUUUUUGGUAACUAGUGCUCUUUCAGUUUUUAGAGCAUUGCGAUUUAGGAAUUUUGAGGGGAUGAGAGAAGGGUUGUUCAGGGUCUGAAUUACAGAUAAAAGAUUUUCUCUUGUGAAUUUACUUUCUUUUUUUAUCCCCAUCAAUUCUUUCUGUACACCUUCCUAUUGGCCCAAUUCUGGCCCCUUGCUUUGUUUUUGGUUUUGCUUUGCUUUAUCAUUGUUUCAUUCCAGCUCCCAAUUAGUGAAGGACACUACCAUUAGUGAAGAGAUAGUCUAUGACUCGUUCGGAGUCAAAGAAAAUUACUCUGUUUUGUUUCCCUUUUAUAAAAAUAACACCUCAGAAAAGGAAAGGCUUCCAUAGACAAAGUUAAUAAUCUGUAUAAUAAUGGCUUUGGCUUUCACCUAAAAUUCUGGGAAUUACUGCUUCCAUUGAGAUAGGGAUUUUCUUGGGCUGGAUUGCUUAUUACUGGCCAUGGGAGAGGCAGGUGGUGUUUUUGUACAUUUAUAGCUCCCAGAAGACUAAAAACCUAUUUUGGCUCAUUUUUAGAGAAUUAGAAGUGCAGUUUCUCUCCUUCUGUGUACCUCACAAGCUGGAAUUAAAGGCUCGCCCUAUUCAUUGUUUGUCAGAAAUGUGUGAUGGCUGCUGGAAAGAAUGAAGUUUUGCUGAGAGCAAAAUAAGGAACAGCUUGUUUUUCACAAACACUAAAACUACAAAGUUUAUCAAUUUUCUCUUUAUUUUUUUCCCAAAAAAGAGGGGUAACAAAUGUCAUCUCUGAAAGAGGCUUACUUUACACCCACUAAUGUCAGUGGUUGGGAUGCCAGGGAAUAGGGAGUCAGACACCUACAGUGAAUAGACUUAAAUGCACUAUUGUUUCUUUUCAGAGUGUUGCAGAUUUGCCCUCCCUCCACUGUGGGGGUAGAAAAUGGAAUAAGGAUAGAAGGGAUGUAGAAUAUGCUUUCCUGCCCACAGUAAGGAUUUGGAAUUGACUUGGUAUGUUGAGUACAUUUGAAAAUACUGUCAGGUUGAUUGGGUGGGUUUACAACAAAGUUGUUCCACUCCCAUUAUAAGUCCAUUUUGUACUUUUUUACUAGCUCGCAUCUGUACCCCACACUAUUACCUUUUGUCUUUGUCACAUUUAUCUUCUCCUUUGUCUCUGUAAGUUGUUUUUGCAGUGGUUAGUCAUCAGAUAUUUUAACCACCUACACAAAAGCAAACUGCAUAAAAAAAACUUGAUGAGAUUGAGGGAAAAUACGUUCUUCCCUAUAUCACACUCCUCCCCACCAAAGCAACAAGUUAGUUCUAAUAAUUAGAAACUUUCUAUUCUUCCUCCUUUUGUUUUUUGACCUCUUUAUAGGUACCACUUGCCUACCGUUUGCUUCAAUAAAUUAUUAUAGCAGUUUGCAGUCAAUCUUAAAAUAUUCUCCAUGGCCUUUAUCUUUUUUCCUUUUGAUAAAGGGAUGCUAGCACAAUAAGAGUGGUGUAAGUAAGCUGCCUUAUACUAGGCCCUCUUCCCUUUCCUGUUUGCUUCUCAUGCUGUUUACUUCUUUGUCCUUCCAAGGAGCCCUUUUAGUCUUAAAAUUCUGCAUUUUGUACUCUUAAUCAAAUUGGGUUACCUUUUUAAUAACUUCCCAUUGCACAUUCUCCAAUUUGAAUUGGCAGUUCAAAAUUCUGAAAGUAUAGUUGAGAUACAAGUAUUAUUUCUGGGAGAUGCGCUUUCCCCUAGUCUCUGGUUGCCCAGGGUUAUUCUGCAUAAUUGAGACUUACUGUGCUCCAGAGAGUUUGGAUAAACACUGGCCAGGAUUACUGGAAGUUAAAAAAGAAUUCAGGUAUGGAAAAGCAUCUACAUAGAGCACUUGAACCUCCUUUGUACCUGUUGGAAAAAAUAUAAAGAGUGUACUAAACCCAGCUAAGGUUAUUACAGUCUGGUUGUUUGAAGUACCAUUUUUCCCUCCUUCUUUUUCCCACUUUCCAGUGUACUCAAGAAAAUUGAAAAAUUGUAAUGGAUCAAUUUAAAAUAUUUUUAUUUCCUAAAAGCCUUUUUUGCCUGUUGUAAUGUGCAGGACCCUUCUCCUUUGAUGGGAGAGACAGGUAGUUACCUGAAUCUAGGUUGAAAAGGUUAUGUAAAAAGAAAUUAUAAUAAAAGGGAUACUCUGCUUUUCAAA